GUGACAUUUCCCUCGUGCUUUUUACAUCAUGGCAGAUAUCUGUUUUACAGUCGAUAAUGAUAUCGUAUACGAAGAAGACCAGCUUUUAGAGGGUGGGCAUGGGACAUUCGAGGGCGGCGCCGAUAUGACGGUAAAACAGGAAGAAGAAAAGGAAGAAGUGGGCGACUACGGGACUGAAGAGCAUACUCUCAACCCUGACGAGCUACUGCCCCCUGUCGCUAAACUGGAGAAGUAUGCUAGCAGCGAUAUCAUAUUCAACAGACAACUGGUGGCCCGUAGCAUCCUCGAAACGUUACGUAUUGUUGCUGACAAUGAAGACGAGGUUCAUCGUGUCGUGGCCGUCUUGCGCAAGCUUGCUGAUGAUAGUGAGCCAUGCAUACGAGCUGAACUUAUGGAACAAGUUCCUCAUAUUGGAACCUUUUGCUCUGACCGAGGAGGUCACUUAACAGAUGUAACAUCCUUGGUUAUUGUGCCAACAGUGAUCAGAUAUCUGACUGAUAUCAACAACCAGGUUCGAAAAACAACGCAAGCUGCUCUUAUGGUUUUAGUGGAACAAGGAUUAGUUGAAAAAGUACAACUGGAAGAACAAAUAUGCCCUCUGGUUUUGCAUUUAACAGAAACAGACAAUAUGGAUGAUCACAGAACAGAAGCUGUAGCUUUGAUGAGUAGGAUGGCACCUUUGGUUGGCAGAGAGGUGACUGAAAGGCUGUUUCUAGAAGGGUUUGGAAAUCUUUGUCUUGAUGCAUCUUUUCAUAUCCGGAAGGUAUGUGCAUCAAAUUUUGGAGAGCUCAGUGGUGUGGUUGGACAAUCAGUGACAGAGAAGAUCUUGCUUUACAAGUUCCAGUAUUUGUGUGAAGAUGGUGUGUGGGGCGUAAGAAAGGCAUGUGCUGAAGUUUUCAUGCCAGUUUCUUGUGUGUGUUCUAUGGAAACCCGCAGAAAAGAACUGGCCUUUUUUGUUUCCCUACUAUGUGACCAGUCUCGAUGGGUAAGAGUAGCAGCUUUUCAAGCCUUAGGUCCUUUCAUCUCAACAUUUGCAGAUCCUAGUAAAACAGGCAUUUAUUAUAGCGAGAAUGGAGUUAUUACAGUUGAGGAAGAAGUAGAAAGUACUACAGAGGAAAAAGAGGUUUUAUCUAAUGAAAAUAAUCUUAGCAAGGAAAAAUGUUAUUCUUUAGACUCUGGAGGUAGAACUGAUCCAGACAAUCCACAAAGUUGUAUAGAAAGUGAUAAAUCUGAUGCCAUUCAAAAUGUACAUAGAGAAAGUUUAAAUAUUAUAAAUCCUGCUGUGCUAGAAACUGGUGUUUCAGAAUUGGAGGAGUUGAAGGUGAUUUUAGAAGAUGGUGAAGGUUCCACCGGUUGUGAGGAUAGUAACAACAACAUAUUUCAAAUAUUCUCUGGCCAAGAAAAUGGUGUGGAGAUUUCACUGGAGGAAAAGUUAGCUGAACAUUACUUCCAACACAAACCUUCAACAGUUAUAUCCAGUCAGACAUCGAGUAGUCAUGGGUUAAGUGAAUCAGAAAGCUUUAGUGAUGCUGGUAGCUCAGACCUUGUAAUCACAGAAGGCAUACAAAGCGGACAAGAAAGAGUUACAGAAUCACCAGUAACUAUGGCUUCAAAUGAUGAGCACCUGCACUUAAGAAUUGACAGUGAAAAUGCUUUCAAUGCCUUUCAGUUUUGGAGGAUCCCCAUUCCAGAAAUUGAAUUGGAUAUUGAUAUUAAUGGAAAAACCACCAAUAUCCAUGUGAGGUCUAAGGUGCAUGACACUGAACACCAACAGAUCUGUUCUUCAGACUUGAAUGUGAAGCUUGUAUCACUACAAAGUAUUAGCAAUAGCCAAUCAUCUGAGAUGAAUGCUCUCACAGAAAGUAAAACUUGUAAUAAACUGGGCCAGACUUCUAGCUCACCAGCAUUAAAUGUGCAAGCUCAUGAGGCUUCACACAAUAAAGGUCAUGUGCAAACAUCCUAUGUCAGCUCACUGGUAGACUUUCAGAAGUCUACUUCUCAAGUUCUCUCCUCUAACCUAAAUGAAGCCUCAGUUUCCUUAUCACAUGGGGAGGUGUCAGAUGUUAUAAAGACCAGAAUGAACCUUUACAGUCCUGAUAUGGAAAUGUUACUUCAUCCUUUACAUGUUCACUCUUUUCGUGGCUUCUCUUCAGACCAUACUAUCUCACCUACUGCUCAGGAUAUUGUUCCUCCAGAACUUUUAGAACACUAUGUCAGCAUGACUGACCCAGUACGAGCUCAAACUAUCGAUGCUGAGAUAGCACGGCAGUGUGCCUACAGUCUUCCUGCUGUAGCCUUAACAUUAGGGAGAAAGUACUGGCUAUGUUUGAAAGACACAUAUAGAGCUCUGGCUUUUGACAUGCAGUGGAAAGUUCGACGAACACUGGCCUCCUCACUUCAUGAAUUAGCAGUUAUUCUUGGGUCAGAUCUUGCUUCAAGGGAUCUUCUGCCUAUCUUUGCAAGCUUUUUACAAGACUUAGAUGAAGUUCGUGUAGGUGUAUUGCAACAUUUAGCACACUUUCUAAAGCUUUUAAACCCAUCAGAGCGGCAAGAAUUUUUACCUAGAUUAUCAGAAUUUCUUAGAAUGGACAAUGAAAAAAACUGGAGAUUUAGAUUGAUACUGUCAGAGCAGUUAAUUGCAGUGACAGAUCUUUACAGCCCCAUAGAUGUGAAAGAGUAUCUUGUACCCAUGGCAAUGAUUCUGGUCAGAGACAGAGUAGCCAAAGUGAGGCAUACGUCACUACCACUUAUGGCUGCAAUGGUAAGGUCUCUUACUACAAGUCCUGAUCCUUUGUUAACAAAGAGUGUGUUGGUUGAACUUGCUGAGAAGUUCACUCACGCAACGAAGUGGUCAGUGAGACAGACCUUUGCCCUUUUAUGUCAUCACUUUGUCCAUGAGAAUUCAUUACCUAUUGAACAAUUUGCCCAUGACAUCCUGCCACAUCUCUUAAAGUUGUCUUGGGAUGGUGUACCAAAUGUUAGAAUGGCUGUUGCCAAGUGCCUGUCGCAGACAGUCUUAUCCCUUGACUACUUUUCCAGUAACCAGAACCCUCAUCAUGACUUAUUACUUCAAGCAUUACGAAGAUUGCAGACAGAUAAUGAUAGAGAUGUACGCAAUUUUGCUUAUCUCUCUCCACAGGAAAACAGCUGUUCAUUGAAUCCAAUGGUCCUUCCAGUUUGAAUACCAACAAAGUAGGAAUUCUGUCAGUAGUCUAGUCGCUUUGAUUUCUGUGUUUAUGUCAUUCUGACUUGUAACAUUGGAGGUCUGGAUUAGAUUGGUUUAUGUGUACAGCUUCAGCCACGCAACAAACUUUCUCAACACCCAUCACAAUCAAUACAUCCAGUUAUCUGAGAUAGUUGCUCAUUAAGUUGGCUGUGAUAAACAAACAUAUUUGUUUUUUUGACCCCUUGUGUCAACUGAUAGUAGAAGAAAACCUGUAUGAUUUUAAUAGCAAUUGUAAAGUUAUAGUAAAUGUGUACAGAAAAUUAUUCGAAAACUAUGACUUAAAAAAAUGUCUUUAAUAUGUAUAUCUAUUGUACAGUUGCCAGUAACUGUUCCGUUCUUUGUACUGUACAGUCUCUUGUGAUGACAUACAACAUACUGCCAUGAAAUUAAUCUUUCAGUCUUAAAUAAAAUCUUCUUAUUUUGUAUUAACUUGAAUUAGGAUAGCUUUCAAAAUACGCCCUAUACCGAAAUACCUGUUAAAAACAAAGUAUCCAAGCUUUAUUUCAGAUGCUCUAUAUUUUGUGUUACUCAUACAUUAUUAGGUAAACUUUAUGUGAGGUUUUAGAAUAUUAACAAUUAUAACUUUUAAGAGGUGACCAGAAGUUUGAAGUGAAUCAUUUAUGACUGGCAGUAUUUUAUUUUCAUCUUGUUUAAUUUUUUGUAUGGAAAAAUUAUGAAGAAGUAUAAAAUAAUAAAGUUGUUAUGUGUUUAAAGAGUGUUUAUAAAUUGGUAUUUAUGUAUUAUGAAGUUUGGUAAUCUGUAGUAUAACUGAGUAUAGUUUUUGAGGAAUAUGUUGUAUUAAAAAAUGAUAAAACUUCUUUAGGGGCCAUAUGUUAAGUAGUAUGAAUAAAAGUGGUAUUAAGACAUAUGUUGUUGGUAAUAAAUGCUACUCAAUUAAUUUUGCUUUAGAAAAUGUUUUAAUGUGUUUUAAACACAGUUUAUAAUGGAAAACUGAGUCUGCUUUAACUUAGAAAAUAAACAUUAUUAAUUUUGGAGA